GUGCUUUGUCCGGCCCCCUUGGCACUCAGCGACCUCCUGUCGGUCUGCCGGGUAGUGCGCACCCACCACCCAUUCCUCAUCAGGCCAUGAUGCGCAGCAUGAACCCAUCAGCAAUACCGCUUCAUGCAGGCCCCAACUCGUCGAGUAGGAUGGGUCCUGCCCUCCCCCCGCCCCCUCUGCACAUGACACCUGCACACUUCAUGCCUGGUCCGACGUCAGCGCCUGCAACCUCUCCCAACUUUAACGUUCCUCAUCCCCCUCCUCAAAGUAAUGCAACUCUGUUGUCCAUUCUCAACCGUGGACCAGGAGUACCCACUAAUGGAAGUUGGUCUGGCGCUACCCAAAGGGGAAAUUUUUGAGCUUGAGCAUCUUGUACCAUAUCCUGCCCGGUCACGUCGUUGCUUGUUAUUGAACUUAUUCCUCCUCAUACUUUCCGCCGUUCGGGUUUCCUUCGUUUCUACUUUUUUCUUCUUCAUUGACCCCUUCCUCGUCUGUCGCCCCCUCUCUUCCCUGUCUCCCCUGUCCGCACAAAUCAUUCUACAUAAUGUCUGAUCGGGGGUUGUGAUUACCAUCCGGUUGCGUUCCGUAUAUGCCAUCUACUCUGUCCCGUUUUUUUUUGGGCACGUAUCGCAUGUCUUUCCGUAUCCUAGCUCUACACCUCAUCUCCCCAUGUUCCGCAGCCCCUUCGGCCUCCGUUUCACUGUCCAUUGACCGUCUUUCUUUUUUUUUCCUCCAUACGUACGUCUGACAUCGCGCGUGUAGUUUUGUAGCGUAACUCCUGAUCCGACCUGGUCUUCC